AAUUAUUCAUUGGUUGUAUUGGUCUGUAUGAAAUUCCAGCACUGGGCUCUUGUAUCAACAUGUCCCCUGUCUGUUUCACUCCUCAGUCUGCAGUGCUGGAUGCCUGGGGUAGAUUUUUGUAGGCUGGAGAGAGACUUCUGUGUGACUUCUGUGUGCUGCUGGGGAUUUCAUUAGCAGGUAUUGAUGGGAACCUCAGUAAUCAGAGGUUGUUUCACUGAUUCAAUAGGCCAUCACAGCUGUCUUUAUAUGGCUGGAUGUCGUGUGGAAGCUUAUGAGGAAUUAAUCAGUGACUAAGAUUAUAACCCUCGGGACACACUGGUCACUUCAUCUGGACCACAACUCUACUGAGGGAGAUAAGGCGGCUGAUAGUAAAUCUUGGACAUGUGACCAAUAUCACAUCAAGGUUGAAAUUCUACGUAAUUGUAAUAUCUACAAAGGCUGUGAGCAAUGCAACAAGUGAAUUUUUGAUUUGGGGAAAAAGUGAAAAAAGCAACAAAUUUUGGUGUUUAUAGUUGAUGCAUAAAGUAGUCGGGACUUGAGGCUGUGAGUGAUACAGAGCUUGGUGUAUCCAAUUGAUUGGGCGCCGUCACGGAGGAGAUUCCAUGGCUUGGUCUCAUCUCAUGAACAGCCUCACAGAGUAGGGUUCGGACUCGGAUGGUACUCUGCUGAAGGAGGUACUUUGGCCUGUGGUGGGAUUAUAGUGCAUGCAGUCAAUAAUUCAGCAGAUCUGUGUAUGGUGCAGCUCCUGCAGAAUUAUUGUUACAGUACAUUUCAUUUAAUGCUUCAAACUGCUUUGAUCUUGAAAUGACUUAUAUGAAUUAGGCACUCUAAGGAAUUUGUGUUGGAAAGGAAAAAAACCAUCAACAAAAAGCCAACAUGCAAUCAAUAUUCUGGUGAGUGAGGCAACAGUUGUAUGAGGAGCUGAUAAAGACACAAGUUGUUGGUCCGUCAAGGGAAAUACACUUAUAGAAGUAGAGAGUCGGGGGAUCAUAAGUAUCCCAAUCGUCGUCAAUAUCCCAAACGUCAAUAUCCCAAACAUCGUCAGUAUCCCAAACGUGGUCAAUAUCACAAACAUUGUUGGUAUCCCAAACAUCGUCAGUAUCCGAGACAUUGUAACUGUUUGUGCCUGACCGGGGGCCGUCUUAAUGAGUGUACUGGAAUGGACCCAGGACAGACUGGAUGACUUGGAGUGUUUCGCUCACCACUUGUUUCAAGACAUGGGGAAUAUACUAGACCUUAAUCUACUGAGGGAGGACUCAAUUAACAAGCAGGUAGACAAUGUGAAGAUGGUGGAGAGGUUUCGGACCCGACACCCAGCCGUAGGGACCCUCUACCUGACCACCACACACCUGAUCUUUGUGGACAGCGCCGGCAAGAGGGAGACCUGGAUCCUCCAUACCCACAUGUCCAGCCUAGAGAAGCAGCCUCUGAGUGCGGGCGGCUCACCUCUCCUGAUCCGCUGUAAGGACUUCCGCUGUCUGACGUUUGUCAUUCCGCGGGACAGAGAAUGUCAGGACAUAUAUGCCUCCCUACAGGAACUCUCCAAACCAGCAGACAUAGAGAAGCUGUACGCAUUUGUUUAUGCCUCGGCCGACGGGAUGGAGAAGUCAUACGGCUGGGACCUGUACGACACACGGUCCGAAUACCUGAGGAUGGGCGUACCCAACCAGCUGUGGACUCUAUCCUCACUCAACAACAAAUUCGAGCUCUGUGAUACGUACCCCAAACACCUGUUUGUUCCCGCCUCCGCUUCCACUCCCAUAAUCCUCGGCAGUUCCAAGUUCCGCAGUCGUGGAAGACUUCCUGUUUUAUCUUAUUUCCACAGUAAAACCCAGGCGGCCAUUUGUCGCUGCAGUCAGCCUCUCUCUGGGUUCAGAGCUCGCUGUGUGGAGGACGAACAAAUGCUUCAUUGUAUACUCAAGUCCAACCCCAGCAAAAACUCUGACUUCAUGUAUGUUGUCGAUACCCGGCCAAAGAUUAAUGCCAUGGCCAAUAAGGCAGCUGGUAAAGGCUACGAGAAUGACAACCAUUACACAGACAUCAAGUUCCAGUUCCUGGGGAUAGAGAACAUCCACGUCAUGAGGGCCAGCCUCCAGAAGCUGCUGGACGUGUGUGAGAUGAAGAACCCGACCAUGUCUGCUUUCCUACAGGGUCUAGAGGCCAGUGGCUGGCUGAAGCACAUCAAGGCCGUCGUCGACACCUCGGUCUUCAUAGCUGAGGCUGUUAAGGGCGGCCACAGUGUACUGGUUCACUGCUCGGAUGGCUGGGACAGGACGGCCCAGACCUGCUCUCUCUCCAGUCUGAUCCUGGAUCCCUACUACAGAACCAUUCAGGGGUUCCAGGCACUAAUAGAGAAGGAAUGGCUGUCGUUUGGUCACAAGUUCACGGAUCGCUGCGGAUUCCUGGAUACUCCGGACAACAAGGAGGUGUCCCCGGUGUUCACACAGUUUGUGGAGGCCACGUGGCAGGUCAUGCAGCAGUAUCCGUGCGCGUUCCAGUUCAACGAACGCUUCCUCCUGACAAUUCACGACCAUGUUUACUCUUGUCAGUUCGGAACAUUUAUAGGGAACUGUGAGAAAGACCGACUAGAUCUCAGAUUAAAUGAAAGAACUUAUUCUCUCUGGGGACAUAUCAACAAAAACAUGUCAGAGUUCCUGAACCCUCUCUACAAAAAAGAGUACGAAGUGUCCCAUCCAAUGCUCUCUCCCAAUACCAGCUCCCAGUGCUUCAAAUUUUGGAAGGGUAUGUACCAGAGGUAUGAUGUGGGGCUUCACCCCAGGGAGCAGAUAGCAGAUGUCCUGAGUGCUGCCAAAGAUCACUCUGACUCUCUAGAGGACCACGUCAGUCUACUGGAGAAGAGAGUGACACAGAUCUGUCGGAUACUUGGGAAAUCUGAAGAUGUGAUCCAGAAAAAACUGAACGGGGGAGUGUCCAUGGAGUCACUGGACAAUCUGAAGGAGACAGAAGACAAUAUCAUGGAAGAGAAGUCCGAAAAAAUUCCAAUCAAUGGAAAUUGUGACAUAAAACCAGAACAGAGCUCUAAGGACACGGGCGAUCUUAUCGACUUUAGGAGUGACAACGAGUCGGGGUUUGACGAGUCCAGCUCCCAGAUGUCAAAAUCAGGUCACGGUGACCUAAAUACAGUGAGGACAGGUAUAGAAACUGGUUCCCUGUCACUUGACUCCAGUGUGUGUUCAGUUGGGAGGGACCAGCUAAGUCUGGACUUGCUUGUGUUGGAGAUGAGCAGUGUAGCCAUUGAUUGGAAAUCAUUUCGUAACAUUCACAACUGUAGCUGUGCAUCCCCAUUCAAUAGCUUUACGAAAAAGUUCCAUUGUUGGAAAUGUGGUGAGGUGUUCUGUAUGCGCUGCAUUGCCAAAAACAUCCCGCUUCCUGGUCAUGCAACAAGGCGCCCCGUUCCGGUCUGCCGACCUUGCUACAAGGAAAUACGACACUCACCUUCUAUGGAAUUCCCACCGCAGACAAACUCCCUGGACAGUUGAUGACUGUAUGAUGGAGACCGCUAGUGUGCAAUCUUAUUUAUUUUGUAGCUCAUCAAUCUGUUACUCCAAUGUGAGAGAGAGAGAGAGAGAGAGAGAGAGAGAGCGCUGUAUUAGAUAGUAUCUUCUGAAAAUAUUUAUCAUUGAAAAGUCCCUCAGCUGUUGAUACAUUCGAAACUAUCAUAAUUAAGAAGAGAAUAAAUGCAACACACAAACACACAUUACAAUUUAAAGUCUUGUAACAGUGGGUCUUUUUUUGGAGUGUUCAGUGACUCUCAUUUCAGGGAUAGUAGUUUUACUGUUUUGUACUGUACGUGACUGAUAUCAUUCACCUCAUCCAGCUUGCAGCGAGCCACACGACACAGUGGGUCUAUUGUAGGUCCCUGGUCAUUAUGUUUACCCCGUCACAAUGUACUGUACUGAUUGUGAGAUUUAUCUGUGAUUUUGUAGACAGCACGAUUAUCAUGAGAAGUUUUGUUUAUCUCUUUAUUUUCAACUCUGUUACAAUGUUAUGUUUUGAAGAAAAACAGCUUCCUAGUAAAGAUAUUAACCUAAAAGUA